UUAACUCGGAAGCUGCUGCAGGAGAAAAGCAUGAAGGAGAAAAAUGACCGACAGUGACCUCGACCUAGUGUACUAACCGUUGUGUUUCCACAUUGAGUGAAAUGUAAACCGACGCGGUCCUCAACUUGAACUUAACAUACAUGACAUUACAGUAGAUAUUUCUAACGAAAUACAAAGCGCGGAACAGAAAUCCGGCGUUAACCACCCCGUCUUUUCUUCUUAAGAGACUGCUCGCUCCGCUUUGAUUGCGUAAAAUUAUGGAUAAGGCUAAAUCAGUGGCGGAACAGAAAGGAGUAGGUAUUUGCUAUGCGAAUGGACUACAAAAUGGAUUUCAUUCUCCUCAGCUAACCAACGGAACGUGUAGUGCUCAUGGUUCAAGUGGAAACGGUGGCACCAGUAGUAGCGGUAGCCAUAGUGGUAUUGAAAAUUUCCACCAUCUUCACCAGGAUUUGCAGAAUAAUGGUUCCCCUGCUAAAAGAUGCAGACUCCGGAGGAGAAUGGACUCGGGGAAGAAAAACCGACCGCCCUUCCCCUGGUUCGGCAUGGACAUCGGCGGGACCCUGGUGAAGCUGGUCUACUUCGAGCCCAAGGACAUCACGGCGGAGGAGGAGCAGGAGGAGGUGGAGAACCUGAAGAGCAUCCGCAAGUACCUGACGUCCAACACGGCCUACGGCAACACGGGCAUCCGGGACGUGCACCUGGAGCUGAAGAACCUCACCAUGUGCGGCCGCAAGGGCAACCUGCACUUCAUCCGCUUCCCCACGCAGGCCAUGUACCGCUUCAUCCAGAUGGGCCGCGACAAGAACUUCUCCAGCCUGCACACCACGCUCUGCGCCACCGGCGGCGGAGCCUACAAGUUCGAGGAGGACUUCAGAACGAUGGCCGAUCUCCAGUUGCUGAAGCUGGACGAGCUGGACUGUCUGAUCCAGGGCCUCUUGUAUGUUGAUUCUGUGGGGUUCAACGGCCGCCCGGAGUGCUAUUUUUUUGAAAACCCCUCUGACCCUCAGAACUGUGUAAAGAGGCCGUGUUGCCUUGACAACCCCUUCCCCAUGCUGUUGGUCAACAUUGGCUCGGGGGUCAGCAUCCUGGCAGUCUAUUCCAAGGACAACUACAAACGUGUCACUGGGACCAGUCUGGGCGGCGGCACGUUCCUCGGCCUGUGCUGCUUGCUGACGGGCUGCGAGACCUUCGAGGAGGCCCUGGAGAUGGCUGCCAAGGGGGACAGCACCAACGUGGACAAGCUGGUGAAGGACAUCUACGGAGGGGAUUACGAGCGCUUCGGCCUGCAGGGAUCCGCCGUAGCAUCCAGCUUUGGCCACAUGAUGAGCAAGGAGAAGAGAGACACCAUUAGCAAAGAGGACCUUGCCAGAGCCACACUGGUCACUAUCACCAACAACAUUGGCUCUAUUGCUCGCAUGUGUGCAGUAAACGAGAAAAUCGAAAGGGUCGUCUUUGUUGGGAAUUUCCUGCGAAUCAACAUGGUGUCGACAAAGCUUCUAGCAUACGCCAUGGACUUUUGGUCAAAAGGGCAACUCAAAGCUUUGUUCCUGGAACACGAGGGUUAUUUUGGAGCGGUUGGCGCUUUCCUGGAGCUGCUGAAGAUGACAGACGAUCUGUGAGAAAGGACAAAAAGAAAUCACAACUCUAAGUGAGAAGCUGCUGUAAAAUUCAGAGAAAGCCACUAUCAGAACUGGGGAAAAGCCAUUUUAAUAAUUUAACAACUGUAUAUAUUGCAGAUUUCCCUCCUCUCUUUCCCCUAAUAUAAAGAUUUUUAGUAACUAAUUUAAAAUCCUAAUGCAGUGUGGAGGGAGGGGUGGAUAUUUGUGAGCUACUCACAAGGAAACUUUCCUGGUACUGUGUGUAAAUAUAUAUAUAUAUAUAUGUAUUUUUAGACAGUGCGCUAACGCCAAAACCUACUGACCUUUUGUUUUCAUUUUUUUGCUGUUUUUACUUUAUGUUUUUAAGUUUAUUUGUUGUGUUCAUUUUACAAUUGUGAGGACCUAUUCAAGAAAAUGGACCUAUAACAGUAAGUGUUGACCCUGGCUUUAUUUUGAUACAGAGGUUCUGUACAAAAUAAUUUAAACAUAUAUGGUUUCCUCACAUCCUUCCUGUUUAUUGAACAUCCUGAGAAAAAUGCCCUGGCAGGUAUGAGUGGGACCAAACAGACGAUAGGAAUUGGUCACUACAGACACACUGUAGGCUGAACCUGUGCUUGUCAGGUAGAAUGACUCUUAAUGUCCUCUGUGUCACAUUUUCACCAUUGAAAUACUUUCAUAAACUUGAUCCCCCAUAAUGCUUCUGCCAGUGUGGGGGAAACCCAGUCAACUCACAGAUUAGUUGUGCAUCAUGCCCAGAGUCUGUCUGUAGUUUUGUCUGGAAAAAAAUAGGGUCCAUUUUCUUCUUUCUUCUGAGGUGUACUUUUAAUCAAAGUAUGUUUUAUUAUUUUUAUUGUUGUUAUUAUUAUUUCACAUGUUUGUAAUGAGUACCCCUAGGAGAUUUUAAUCUUUGACCUUUUGGUUAAUUUUCAUGACAUUUCAUGAUGGUAUCUUGGUUUCAAGUGAAACUACAAAGCUGGCCUGUGAACUGCCAUACAUCGCACACUCUCCUGCCUUUUUCAAAGCAUUCUUUGGGAUGUUUGACCUUUCCUUUAUCCCAAACAUUCACCCACACAAACCUCUUCCUAUGCCUAUUGGUUAAGGCCUUUUCUUCAUGCAGUCCUGUGUAGUCUCCGGUUGUGGACAGAGAACGAAAGGAAGCACUUCAGAAGAAUUUUAUGUGCACUUGUGACCUCUGACCUCACAUACUCCACAGUUAGGCCUCUACUCAAGCUGGAACUCAUUUUGUCCGAGCUUAAUUAUGUGUGUCAUAUUGUAUUCACUGGUCACUAGUGUUAAUACAUAAAGUUAAGAGAAAAAUUAGUUAAUUCCUCAAAGCUAAGUACAGAUAAACUGGGGUAAUAUUAAUUUGAGGUCCAUUUAUACUUUCCAAUGAAAAAUAAAAUGAAUUAACUUCGUAUAGUAGCUAGGCAAAUGAGACCGAUGUUUUUAGUGCUUCUUCCUCUUGAUGCAGCUCUGUUUUGGAAUCGUCACUUGUACGCUAGGCUCAUCUCACCCCAACAACCUCUGUGCUCGUGCAGCAGCACUGAGACAGGGCAGAUGCAAACCUCGGAUACACUUGCCUGCAGCCAACAGCCGUUUUUUUUUUUUUUUUUUUACUACAAGUCACACAGGAGUGGGGAGUCAUUGGAAGAUACGUGCUACUCCACUGAUGUCAUGCAUGAAACUUGCAGGUGCCCGGAAAAUUUCCAGGUGCCUGAGAUUGGUGAGACUUGGAAAACCCUGGCAGACAUAGCCACCCCUGUCCGUGGUGGAAUGAAGCCAAAUUGUUACACCGCAGUCACCACUGGCAAAAGGACAGUGCCAGUUUUAAACCCAGCCAUAGGGAUCAACCCGGGUUCAAAGCGAAAGCUUUGCCAGCUGAGCCGUUUUGGACGAAAAAGCCUGAUAUUUAAAAGGGGAAGUUGAGUCACAAAUCACAAAUGUGGUAUUUUUUAUGAAAUGCUUCAAAUUCUUACUUCCGAAUACAUUUGUAAAUGAGGGUACUGAACCGCCACCUGUGUUCAGUAAGGCUUCAGAUCCCUGUAGGAAAAAAAGCUGCUAAAUCUAAAUCUAAGUCUAAUCUAAGAGUCAUGUAAAAAACUUUAUGUUUAUAUAGGGACAGCAAUGCGGUGUAGUGGUAAAGAGUGGGGCUUGCAACCCAGAGUUUUCCAGUUCAGUUCCCAAGUGCUUCUGUUCAAGCCCUGGACAAGGCAACUCAUGCAAAUUUCCAGCUAUAUAAAUGAAUUACAUUUAAAAAUAGUAAGAUACAUAACCUGAUCUUGAUUAGAACUAACGUAACCAAUGUAAUUUAUCUGUCUUUGUAUAGUAUGUGGUAAUAAUUGUGUUUAGAAACUGAGUGAAAAGCUAACAAACUAAAAGGAAAAUGGGAGAGAUGUGGUAGAGGACCUCUUCUUGAUCAGUGUUUGCAUUGUAUUUGCAUUGUCAUGGCCGUUUCUCCCACCACUGGACCAGCAAGGGCAAUUCAGGUCCAGAUGCAGUUAUCUCUCCUUGUUCGUUUUAGUUUUAUGUUGGUCUAGCUUUUCGCACAAACUCCAAACAGCACAAUGGUUGUCACACACAUACCUCACAUUGAUAUGCUCACAUUAAGUUUUCCUGAAUGAUUUUUGGUGUCUCUAUGUGUUUAGAGAACAGGGUUUUGAACAGUAUCUCUUACUUCACCCUAAUGGAAUGGCUGGCACUGAGGCUGGUUUGUGUCAUUAAAUGGCGGGGGGAGUGUUACUUUUUCGUCUUUCAUGAUAGGGUUUGGAAUGAAUGCUGUAUGCAUUGUAAAAGAUUUUGACUCCUCUGUGAAAGUGCAGAUGCUUGGUAGAACGUGAUUACCUGAGCAGGGCUGCAUUGUUUUUCUCCCCAGUUUUCAUAUCUUGAUUUGAAGGGCAGAAUCUUUCACACGUCUCAGAAUGCUAAAGUGAAACAACUGUAAUCGCAUAACUGCACGCAGACGUCGGGUGUCUUCAGAACACCUUGAUUAUCGAAAGAUUACAGAAUGUUGAGUUUUUAGAACGGUUCUUAGGAGUUAAUCCUUUUAUAUUCCCUCCAUUUGCUUUUCCUUUCAUCUCUCAGAAUUGGUAUUUGCCUCAUGCUGUUCAGUGCCGCAUUCUCGUCAAACUGGAUAAUCACGGUCUAACAAUACUGUGUGCCACCACACCGAAAACCUCCAGGCGCUGAGUGUUGCCUUCAUUGAAGAAUGGAGUUGAUGAGCUUUUUGAAAGCAUUUUUGUCAGAGAUUUG